AUGGAGAACUCCCCUCUCCUACGCUUCAUCUCACUCACUGUCCCACUAGCCACGUUUCUCCAGGCAAUGGCAGUGCCGUCCCUCCAAGAACAAGCAGGAGCUCUUCUUGCCUGGAAAGGCACACUAGAAAGCUACCCUGCCCAGCUUCAAUCUUGGGGAAUGGGAAACAACACUACAUGGCCCUGCAGCUGGUAUGGCAUCGAGUGCAGCAAGCAUCAAGCAAGCCACCAAGAGGUGAUCACCAAGAUCUCUCUACGUGGGCUGCGGCUGAGAGGGGAGCUCGACGCCCUCAACUUCACGGCGUUGGCGACCCUGACGAGCAUCCAACUCUCGCACAACAGGCUCACCGGGAGAAUCCCUCCAGGCAUUGUGUCACUCACAGAGCUCCGGUUCCUGCUUCUUCGACGCAAUCAGAUAAGGGGCCCUUUAUCACCUGCUUUAGCAUCCUUGAAAAAACUACGGUGCUUAAUGCUCCAGCAGAAUGAACUCUCUGGUGAAAUACCAACGCAAAUAGGAGAACUAGAGAAUCUUGUUUCGCUUAACUUAUCUGACAAUCACUUGUAUGGUCCCAUCCCUAGUGAACUAGGCUACCUAAAGAAGCUUGCCAGGUUAGAUUUUCUCAACAACGACCUCACAGGCCCCAUUCCAAGAAAUUUAGGGAAUCUCACUAAACUCACCAUCUUGUAUAUUGGUGGAAAUUAUUUAUCUGGAUAUCUUCCUCGAGAACUAGGUUACCUGGUGAAUUUACGAGAGCUGUCCCUUAAUGUAAAUGAACUCGUGGGUUCCAUCCCUGAUACCCUCGGGAGUCUAAUUAACCUCACUGGCUUGUAUCUCUGGGAUAACGGACUUUUUGGGCAUAUUCCCCCAGAACUAGGUUACCUGGUGAAUUUAGAAGAGUUAGAUCUUAGCAGCAACAAACUCAUUGGUUCCAUACCUAAUACCUUUGGGAGUUUGGUGAAACUCACUGGCUUGCGUCUAAGGGAUAACCAACUUUCUGGAUUUGUUCCUCGAGAACUAGGUUACCUGGUGAAACUAGAAGAUUUGUAUAUUAACAAUAACAUAAUCAUGGGAUCCAUCCCGGAUACUUUUGGAAAUUUGACUAAGCUCACUACCUUGCAACUCAAUGACAAUCAAUUGUUUGGGCAUGUUCCUCAAGAAAUCGGCAACUUAACGAAUCUUGAGAAACUCGAGUUCUCCAAUAACUACCUCUCUGGUCCUCUGCCACACAAUUUGUGCAUCAGUGGUCGGCUCAAGAAUUUAACUGCAGAAAAUAACUACCUGAAUGGACCUUUGCCAUCAAGCUUGUUAAGCUGUCGAAGCCUAGUCAGAGUUCGUCUUGAAAUGAAUCAACUAGAAGGAGAUAUUUCUGAGAUGGGAUGUCAUCCAAAUCUAGUGUACAUAGAUAUGAGAUCAAAUAAACUAUUUGGUCAAUUAUCUUAUAAAUGGGGGGAGUGUUGUAAACUUGACAUGCUAAGUAUCUCAAACAACAACAUCACGGGUAAAAUACCCGCAAGUAUGGGGCAAAUGUUUCAACUAAAGAAACUUGAUCUUUCAUCAAACAAGCUUGAAGGAGAGAUUCCAAGUGAACUGGGAAAACUUAAAAAGUUAUUCCACCUGAGCCUCGCAGAUAAUUCACUCCAUGGAAGCAUACCACAAGAAAUUUGGUCCCUGUCUAGUCUGGAGUUUUUGGAUUUUUCGUCAAAUUACCUAAGUGGUUUGGUAGAAGGAUCAAUUGAGAAUUGUUUGAUGCUUCGCUCAUUUAAUUUGAGACACAAUAACUUCAAAGGAAGCAUUCCUACUGUUCUGGGGGUAUUGCAAUACUUACAAGACAAAUUGGAUUUAAGUGAUAAUUCAUUUGUUGGGGCAAUACCAAGCCAACUUAGUGGCCUGACCAUGCUAGAAACUUUGAAUCUUUCAAACAAUGCACUUACUGGUUUGAUCCCAUCAUCAUUUAAGAGAAUGGAAAGCUUGACAUUGAUUGAUUUAUCUUAUAAUGAAUUAGAAGGGCCAGUACCAGAGAGUAAGCUCUUCCGAGGAGCUCCAAUCCAAUGGUUCAUGCAUAAUAAGAUGAUAUGUGGUGUUGUGAAAGGAUUGCCCCUUUGUAGUAGUGCACCUCAGAAUGGAGGGAAAAUGAAAGGAUACAAAACAAUUGCACUAAUCAUGGUUACUACUACGAUAUGUCUUGUUCUUGUUGUAUCUAUAUUGGUGUUCCGACAUGGGAGGAAAAAAUCAAAGUCAAUUGUCAGUUCUAGAGUUACACAAGAAAACAUAUUCUCUAUUUGGAGUUUUGAUGGGGCAAAUGUGUUCAAGCAAAUUGUGGAAGCAACCAACAAUUUUAGUGAGACACAUUGCAUAGGAACCGGGGGAUAUGGAUCUGUCUACAAAGCUAGAGUUUCAACAUGUGAAAUAUUUGCGGUGAAGAAGAUACAUACGACACAAGAUGACUGUUGUGUGAACGAGGCAAUGUUCAAUUCUGAAAUAGAGGCAUUGGUGCGGAUUCGACAUCGAAACAUCGUCAAACUAUUUGGGUAUUGUUCCUCUAGAAAAGAAAGGUUCCUUAUCUAUGAAUAUAUGGAGAGAGGAGACCUAGCAGAAAUAUUGAGAUCCAAUGCAAGAGCAAUCGAGUUAGACUGGAGAAGGCGGAUACAUAUUGUACUGGACGUGAUUCAUGCUUUGGCAUACAUGCAUCAUGAUUGUUCAUCACCAAUAGUCCAUAGAGAUAUAACGAGUAACAACAUUUUGCUUGAUCUGGAAUUUCGAGCUUGCAUUUCGGACUUCGGUACUGCUAAAAUUCUCGAUAUUGAUGGCCAAAAUAUCACAAGGCUUGCGGGGACAAAAGGCUAUCUUGCACCAGAGCUAGCAUAUACAGAGAAUGUGACGGAGAAAUGUGAUCUAUAUAGCUUCGGAGUGCUUGUUUUGGAGUUAUUUGCGGGAUGCCAUCCAGGCGAUUUGCUCUCAUCCUUCUCGUUGAGAAGCAAAAAUAAUGAUGUUUACCUAAAGGAUCUGCUGGACUUGAGGCUCGUGCUACCAGAUGCCGCAACCACUAGAGAAAUAUACUCCAUGCUUAGUGUUGCAGUUCAAUGCCUUGAGCCGAGUCCAUCACGCAGACCAACGGCAUGGCAUGCCCGUGAUGAGUUAUCAACGAUUAAAGCAUGUGCAAAUCAUAUUGAUUUUAUACAUGCUAGGCUUACCAUUCCUACACAGUAG